UAACUUGCCAUGUUUCUGGCGGAGACCGACACAAACUCUGGAGCGCAGGAGAGUCCGUGACAGCGCAAACCCGACAGACGAGCUCACGCCGAAGCAAGUGAUAAUGACGGCCCCGUGCAUGCGCUCUCACAAUUUCAUUCCUUGAGACGCGUCAUUUCAGGUGAAGGACCGACUGCUAUUCCACACUGACGUUCGGUGAUAAUGACGAAAUAAACCGCGUCCUGAUCGCUCAACCCUCCAACGAAGUCUCGCAGCCCAGUUCAAAAUAAGUGACUUUCUCUCUCCCGCUCCGCACACCUCCCCCCCCCCCCCCCCACCCCCCCAUCGACCCUUCCAGCCAGCACAGCCAGAAAAGACGUUCCCCCCCCCCUCGCCCCUUGUUUCGCUUUAUCAAAUGCCCAAAAACAGCAAGGCCGUCAAGAGAGAGCUUGACGACGAUGUCACAGAGUCUGUCAAGGACCUGCUUUCCAACGAGGACGCCUGCGACGAUUCCUUCAAGAAGAGCUCGCUGAUCGUCGACAACCAUGACGGGGAAGGGAAAGAGUGCGACGUGGAGGAAGGGGGCUCGGACGCCGAGGAGGAGGAACGCCCGGCCUGGAACAGCAAGCUCCAGUACAUCCUGGCCCAGGUGGGCUUCUCCGUGGGCCUGGGCAACGUCUGGAGGUUCCCCUACCUGUGCCAGAAGAAUGGAGGGGGAGCGUACCUGGUGCCCUACCUCAUCCUGCUGAUAUUGAUCGGCAUCCCGCUGUUCUUCCUGGAGCUCGCCGUGGGGCAGCGGAUCCGCAGGGGCAGCAUCGGGGUGUGGAACUACAUCAGCCCUCGGCUGGGGGGCAUCGGCUUCGCCAGCUGCAUGGUGUGCUUCUUCGUGGCCCUCUACUACAACGUCAUCAUCGGAUGGAGUCUCUUCUACUUCUCCCAGUCCUUCCAGCAGCCUCUGCCGUGGCACGAGUGUCCGCUCAUCAAGAACAACACCAGUACAUAUGUGGUGCCGGAGUGCGACAAGAGCUCGGCCACCACCUACUACUGGUACCGCGAGGCCCUGAACAUCUCCGACAGCAUCUCCGAGGGCGGAGGACUCAACUGGAAGAUGACCGUGUGCCUGCUGGUCGCCUGGUCCAUGGUUUGCCUCGCCAUGAUCAAGGGAAUCCAGUCCUCUGGCAAGGUGAUGUACUUCAGCUCCUUGUUCCCGUACGUCGUGUUGAUCUGCUUCCUGGUCCGCGCUCUGCUGCUGAAAGGCUCCGUGGACGGGAUCCGACACAUGUUCACACCCAAGCUGGAGAUCAUGCUGGAGGCCAAGGUGUGGCGCGAGGCGGCCACGCAGGUCUUCUUCGCCCUGGGCCUGGGCUUCGGCGGCGUCAUCGCCUUCUCCAGCUACAACAAGCGGGACAACAACUGCCACUUCGACGCCGUCCUGGUGUCUUUCAUCAACUUCUUCACCUCCGUGCUGGCCACCCUGGUGGUGUUCGCGGUGCUGGGCUUCAAAGCUAACAUAAUGAUCGACAAGUGUGUCGCACUAAACACAAACAGGAUUGUGACGUUGUUGGGGGCCGACAUUGAAAGAAGCCUGAUCCCCCCCCACAUCAACCUCACGAACGUGAGCCUAGUCAGCGCCGAGGACUACCAUCAGAUGAUCAAGGCCAUCAGACUGGGGAAGGAGGCCCAGUACGACAGUCUCAAACUGGAGUCCUGCAGCAUUGAGGACGAGCUCAACAAGGCGGUCCAAGGCACGGGCCUGGCCUUCAUUGCCUUCACAGAGGCCAUGACCCACUUCCCGGCCUCGCCCUUCUGGUCCGUCAUGUUCUUCCUCAUGCUGGUGAACCUGGGCCUGGGCAGCAUGUUCGGCACCAUCGAGGGCAUCCUCACGCCGCUGAUCGACACCUUCAAAGUCCGCAAGGAGUUUCUCACAGUGGGCUGCUGCGCGCUGGCCUUCUUCAUCGGCCUGCUGUUCGUGCAGCGCUCGGGGAACUACUUCGUGGCCAUGUUCGACGACUACUCGGCGACGCUGCCUCUGCUCAUCGUGGUCGUGCUGGAGAACGUGGCGGUCGCCUGGGUCUACGGGAUCGACAAGUUCUUUGAAGACCUGAAGGACAUGCUGGGCUUCACGCCGUACCGGUUCUACUACUACAUGUGGAAGUACAUCACGCCCACCCUGCUGCUGGUCCUCCUGUGCGCCAGCUUCAUCCAGCUGUCCAUGACGCCGCCCAGCUACAGUGCCUGGAUACAGGAAGAGGCCAAAGAGCAGACGUUGCACUUCCCCCCGUGGGGCAUCGCGGUCUGCAUCUCCCUGGUGGUGAUGGCCAUCUUGCCCGUGCCCGUGGUCUUCUUCCUGCGCUACUUCAACGUCAUCGACGACAACACCGGCGGCCUCUCCACCGUCUCCUACAAGAAGGGGCGCAUCAUCAAGGAGACCGCCCGGCCGGGGGAGGACGACGACACCAGCCUGAUCCAGGGCAAGGCGCCCAGCGAGGCGCCGUCGCCGAUGCCCGGCAACAACAUCUACCGCAAGCAGAGCGCCGGCGGCGGAGGCCCCGAAGCAGACACCGCACCCAACGGCCGUUACGGUAUCGGUUACUUGAUGGCCGACAUGCCGGACAUGCCCGAGUCGGACUUAUAGACUGACCGGCGGGUGACUCCCCCCCCCCCCCCUCCCUCCCUCCCUCCACCCCUCUGUGUGCGUUUAGUUGGCCGUAUCAUACAUGUAUAUUUCACUUGUACUGUAUAUUCUCUGUAGAUAUCGUAGCUGCUUUCUUAUUUGUCGUCUCUGAACCUUCUAGAACUGUCCAACUUUACAAAGUAAACACACGCACACAAAAAAGUGAACCCUUUCCCCACUCAAGGGUCAAGAGGUCAUGUUUCUGUAUCUGUGGAAAGUGUAGAUCGAGCCCUGCUGAGUCCUGCUGUAAAAUAUGGUUGUGUACAUUAUGACCCCCAAGCUCCGCCCCCUUUUAACUGUUGGCCAAUGAGAUCCGUAGCAGUUCAGCCGCUCCGGACGGCCUUUUUUUCUUUCUUUUUUUCCUCUGUGAAAAGUUUCAAGUCAAACAGCGAGAGGAUUUUUUUUAAAAAAACAAAAAGUGUGCCUAAGUCAUUCAUAUUUGUUUAUAGAAUACAUGACGGACGUUGUAUAUUUAAAAAAGGUAUUCUGUAAAUAUAAUAUAAAUAUUAUAAAUAUAUUUAUCUCGAUAGUUUGGAUAACGCCCGUGUUUUGUUUUUUUCAAGGUUCAGAAGUACUUCAAACCCUUAACUCUCGUGUCUUUGUUUUUUACUAAUGUGCUGUCGAUGUCUGUGAGGACCGAGUCCUCCUUGUACAUAAGGGUUUGUCUUUUUUUUUUUUUUUUUUUCCCACGUCAAAAAUUAAAGAUCGAAUAUGGUCCACA